UUGAUAGAGACAGAGUUCAAGACAGCAAAUUUUAAGAUGCGGAUUUUCGUUUUAAUCGUAUUUCUAUUCUGCGUUUUUCAUCAAGCUAAAUCAGACACGUGCCCAGAAACCACGGCCGCUGAUGCCUGCCUGGCUCAAUUUGGGAGUGAUGUUCAACAGUUCAAUGAUUUUAGCUACAUACUUCAGAACUCAGUGACGAUAUGGGCAUCAAUUUGCACGAACGCCGGCUGUGUCGUUAAAGUUCUAGACAACUGCCCUAGAGGACCAGUCUGGGAGCCGUACUUGAUCCAAGCUAACAUCCUGGAAUUCUUUUGCGCAGAAGAACGAUUUGCUAGUGCUUUUAGUUUCCUGGAGUGCGCGGGAGGUAGUGGCCAGGAGGCUCAGGUGCAAUCAGAUUUUUCGUCGUGUUUUAGUCUAAGUCGUGCUGACCCCUGUCAGUUUUCUGUUGAGAUCAAACAAUGCUUGGCUAAUGCCGCCAUUACUGGCUGCAAAGCCGGUGAUCUUGCUUUAUUCACCGAAUAUGCCAAUGGCAUAAUGGAUCGCUAUGACAAUUAUUACUGCGGCCCUACCACACCUGCCGCCGCAACGACAACAGCUGCAGGGGCAUCCCAAUGUACAGCCUUAAGAGGUGUGGGAACGGUUACUCCACCUGUACCUACCAACAAGGCCUGCUUCGAAGCAUGCGCAGCUGACCCCCAAUGUUACCAGUACACGUUUGAAAACGGCGCGUGCAGUUAUCAGAUUGUGAGUUUGGAUGCCAUGAACACAGUGGACAAUGUCGACACCUAUGCAUACGUCUACUGCAACUGUAAUAAAGUCUGCAAAACUGGAAAAAACCAAGGAAGAUUAGACACAGAAGCGACUACAAAUCAGGCAUGUUUUCAAGCUUGCUCCAACAACCCGAGGUGUUUUCUCUACGAUUAUUAUCAAGGUGCUUGCAAGCUGUAUGGAGCUGACGGGGAUGCCGUGGACACAGUGACCAACCAGAACACGCAGGCGUUCGUCUACUGCACGUGUGAUGCAGCAGAUGCCGACACAACGCAGAAUCCAGCUACAACCACUACAGCAGCAACAACCACUGUAGCUGCAACUGCAACGACACGAACAACAGCUAUCACCACCACCAAAACCACAACACGAGCCCCAGCCCAGCGCUACUACGACUGCCACAGCUGUACCAGCGGCUGCAGCAGCAAGAAACAGAACUACCUGUGUCCUGCCAAUGGGAAAAUAAAGACUGGGACCAACACACGUUUUGUCAGGUGUAAGGGACCCUGCAUGUCUUCUGUCAACAAAACACCUUUUGGUGGAGAUGUGGUCCGUGGCUGUUCAGACGGCAAGUUCCCAGGUCUACGUAUCCCAGCCAAUGGCUGCCUGACUCACAAGAAGGAAGUUACGUGCUUUUGUACUGGUGACCGCUGUAACACCAGAAACAUGGUGCAGGAGCAGAGCAGGAUGGGAUAUGGAUGGUGGAUGUGGCGUGGACACCACUAAUAGGUGUAAAUAAGACAAAAUAGAAAAAGCGGCGAGAUUUUCUAUGUACAAUUAUAAUCACUUUCUAUAUUUCUAUCUUGUAGAUAUCUCACAUAUAGAGCAGUUUCACUUAUAGGACAUU